UGACUACUGCAGUGACUAACGCUGUUAUGUGCAAUACAUAGCGCAGCAAACUGAGGAUUCAGUGCAUCAGGGCAUGGGGAGAGAUACUGUGAGCGAACCAUGGUGGAAAAGAAAGCCAACUGCUUUAAUAAACCGUUUUAUGACAGCGGGCGUUGCUCCGUCCAGAAAAAAAAAAAAGUGAGCUGGUUGCUCCUAUAUGGUAGAGUAUUGCUAGGUAAAAAAGACACGAACAAACGACGACCGGAAAACAUGGUACACACGCUCAACCCCAAUGCCUGCCCUGUCGUCCUCUCUCCGCUCGAAGGAUGCUCUCUUCCUAUAAGAUUUCCACCCAAAACAACGUCUUUUGCGCCGAGUUUACGCAGAACCAAAAAGUUGUUUGCGGUAUUUCGGUCGCAAUGCCCAUGACGUGCGUUGCGCUAACUUUCGAGUCCACCGCUUCUAAAGCUCCUAAUGUAUGCACGACUUUUGCCGAGACACCCCGACAAGCCUGCAUUGACAUUCGCGCCCGUCUAGUCGAAGCACGCGUACGCUACUUGCGAAACUCGGCACCCAACCCUUGCUUUCCUCCUUUCACUCUGAUUUGUCCCGCCUGCAACGCGACCCCGGGAGCCUCGUUAGCGUGCGUUCCUUCUUCCCCACUUGAGUGCCCGUCGACGUUCAACUUUCCUCCGCUGCGGAUGUAGAGGUCGGACAGUAGUCGGCCGGGGUGCCGGGAUCGAACCCAACACCAGCCCACAGCUGGCGUUCGCCACGUCCCAAACUUGGCUGCGUGUGCGUCCCGCGGGAGUGCGCGACGGUAUGGGCCCGCUUGGGGAGGAGAGGGGGUAGAGCCGCUGCAGCGGCGUCGAGCAAACAACUCGCGUUGUGGCUGCAGAAGGCCCGCGUUCGUCGUCGUCGUCGUCGUGCGGCCGGCAGCGGGCGGCCAGGCGCACCCGUGCGUGUCAGAAGCCCGCGCCGUGUGCGGCCAUGUGGAGCGCCGGUCUCGUCUCCGUCUUCUGGGCCCUGGCCAACGGCCUCGAGCUGGAGCUUGCCGAGCGCUGGUACGGGAGAUCUUGCUGCCAGCGAGCCCGACUGGAGGGAUGCCGCCGGGCAUGCCUGCAGGCACGCUCAGCCGACGACCUGGAACCGUGGUGCCGACGAAGUGACGAGCUUGACCUGCAGGUCUGCCUUGAGGGCCGUAGCGGGUUGGGCGCCCUGGAGCGUCCAGGCCGGCGCGGUCUCGAGAGCUGCUGCUCGCUGGCCAGCACGGCGGCCUGCCGUCGCCGCGCGUGCAACAGAGCGCAGAGCGAAGAGCAGCAGCAGCUGAAGCGCGAGAACGACAACGGCAACAGGGAGCUGAGGAGGCUGCAGCAGCACCGGCAGGAAGAGGGCCAGCCGUGCGCCGAGCCCCAAGUGGUGCGCUGCCUGCGGAACGUCACGUCGACCAAGCAGCCGCACAAGCUUCACUGCUGCUCACAAGCUCCCAGCGGACAAUGUCGCGACGCCUGCCUGCGAGUGCUGCGUCCGAAAGAGGCGGCAGUCGAUGAACCGACUCCUGAGGAAGAUGCGGUGGAUGCCCUCCUAGCCGGGGGAUGCGCAGCGCCAGGUCUGCACGAGCGCCUGUGGCAGUGUCUGCUGGGAUGGCGCAGCGGGCCAUCCUCGCAGCUGCUGCCGGCAGACGGAGCCAAGUUGCAGUGCUGCCUCAGGGCCGCCACCAUCGAGUGCCAGAGGAUGUGCCUACGGGCAUACGGCUCCGAGUGGGAGACUUCGUGGGAGACGUUCCACGGCCGCUGCCGCUACCAGCCAGCCGAAGCGGCCCUCCGACAGUGCCUCGACGAUGUGGACGAGCCGUGCGAGCUGGGUUGCGGAGGACCGCUGAGCUUCUGCUCGCACCUGGGAGGCAGGCCAUGGUCGCUGUAUCGGCGUUGCGACGCCAGCGCCGACCGCGUGGCAUGGGAGAGCGCUCGGCUCUGGAAGCGCGCUGGACCGCCGACGGCUGCGCCGGUGGGCAGAGGCGGGGGCGCCACUCGGGAAGCCACGACGUCGGUGCUGGGCGACUGUCCCGCGGAUGCGUGGAGGACGCUCGCCUGCACCCUCAACCUCAGACCCUGCCACGCCACGCACCACUCGAGCACACUCUGCAGGGCGGACUGCCUGGCACUGGCGGCUCGCUGCAAGGACGGACGGCAACUGGCGCCCCUCUGCGACUCCCUGGCGCCUCCUGGAGCACCAUGCUACUCGAUCCUCGGGCUCGAAACGCAGCCAACAACAAAGCCACCGGCAUCCGAGUCGGCGACGCAACCAUGCCGAUCGAGGCCCUGUGGAAGCUCGUCCAUCUGCGUCGUAAAUCGGCACUGUGCCCCUGGACAGUCGUGCAGCAUGUACCGGUGUUUGAAAAGUUGUCCCGUGGGCUCCGCGUCGGGGACAUUGGUGCCCCAAGGCUCCCCAGCACGACUGCCCCGCGUCGAGGGUGGUCGGCUCUGCUGGACUCGGUGCCGGUGCUCGGAGUCCGGUGUCCUGACCGACUGCGUGCCCACAGGCUGCGAUGACGCGACGCCAAGGAAGUGUUGGCUGGCCGCACGGUCUCACUUGCCAGGAAGCCGCUUUCUGGUGCACGGCUGCCUACGCUGUCGCUGCGACAGCACCGGGCAGAUCAGCUGCACUAGGGCAGCGCAUGAUUGCCUUGUUCAGGACGCGGCUUGUGGCUGCGGUCCUGAAGGUGAGGAGAGAGGCGAGGUGUGCGGCGCCGACGGACGCACUCACCGCAGCGCGUGCCUGGCCCGCUGCGCCGGCCUCGCCCAGGGUCAGUGGCAACCCGGUCCCUGCCACCAGACGGACCCGUGCGCCAGACGACCCUGCUCUGCCAGAGCUCCCGUGUGCGUGGCGCGGAGGCGUGCGUGUCUGGGCCCGUGCAGGCAGUUCAUCUGCAUCGCCAAUGCCACAGACGGCGCCAGCGGCGAAGACUGCCGCGGCAGUGGUCCGGUCUGCGACACGGAGGGUCGAGAACAUCCGAGCCUGUGCGGACUGCUGUCGAGCCGCGACGGUGACCCGAGGUCGCGGCUGGCGCACCACGGUCCCUGCGAGCAGGGAUGUCGUGCGCGGGGCCCCGUGUGCGGCCUGGACGGUGAGAUGUACGCCAGCGAAUGCGCCGCCUGGGCGCAGCGGGUGCUGGUCGACUACCGCGGACCUUGCCUGCACCGACAGGGGACCGAGGGCUGCAACCAGGUGCGCUGUCCACUGCUGCCACCAGGCGGAUGUCAAGCGCAGCUGACGCGGCUUCCCGGCACCUGCUGUCCCCUGUGUGGUUGGGGCCUGCGGUUGGUCAUGGGGCGGCACUGGCGUGACGGUGAUAGCGACCAGAAAGAAGAGCGCCCGCUGUCCGAGCUGCUGUGGUGGCUGCGCAUGCAGCUGUCCAGCACCCAGUGCGACCUAUUCGGCCACCUGGACCCCGCGCUGCCGGAUUUCCUGGUGGUGCUCGUGGUGCCGACGUCGCGGCCCGCCUCGUGGACCCUCUGUCGCGCCGAAGCCCAGCGUCUGGACGCUAUGGUGCGCGUGCGAAGCCCGGCGCUGUUCAGCCUCUUGCCCAUGGAAGCAGUGGUCGGUUCCGCGGGACUUCUGGAUGAAAUGCCGGAACCCACGUCGUCGGCGCCUGGUUCCGGAAGGCUCGUCACGCAUGCGCCGUUCUUAACGCUCCUGCUGCUGCCUUUACUGUUAGUGACUGCUGUGUGCCCAGCGCCACUGCUUGGACCACUGCUCGCAGCAGCAGCAACGGCUGUCUUUCAUCGGCAGCCGCAGGCGCCUGCCCUGCGCACCACCUCGCUUGAGGGAAGUGCGGUCUACCGACGGACGUUAAUUGACAAAGUACGGUAGCAUGACUGAUCGCCGGACAAAAUGCUUGGCUGUUGAGCAACGUAAGAGUGCAAAGCGUAGCUUCAGCGCUCGCGGACGAGAGAACGCUUCUCACAGAUCUCAAGCCGGAGUUGCAGACUCUCGGUCUUGUCUUCACUUGAUUCAAGUUCUCACCUUUCCACCUCUUGCGUAAGGUUCAGGAGGGUCAAAGUGGUACACCAAAGAUAUAACUUUCCGCUGAAUGAAUCUCCGUGAAGUUACCCUCCGGUUUGUGAAGAUAUCUCACACGCGGUCUCUUGCCGUUGUGCUGUGGGAGAGACUGAUGCAUCUACCCAAGUUGGCGCGGCAUGUGUUGCGUUCGCUGCGAUGUACCUGCUUACUAGCUGCAUUGAGAGUUACAAAGGCCAAUCGAAGUUUUCUGUAAAAUGCUGCCAGCGUGCUGCCCUAAAAUGCAAUGCGCACGUGCACCGAUAUACACCACAUCUACUGCUAGAAUCUUACGAGGCACUUCAUUUGGAAAUGGCGCUUGGUGAAGCAAAAAAAAAAAAGAACCAGUAAAGGAAAGGGAAAAAAAAACAGCUCUCGUGUGACAGAUCGACUCGAGCGAGACGAGUCUUUAAUCAUCUCUUUGCCUGACCAUUUGUGUGUUGCCAUGCACUUGUUAAUUCAUCUCAAUUUCUGAAUAAGGCAUCAAGAUGUUGCGAUAGAACACCAAAGAUAAUUUUGAUUGGAUGGUCCCCUGACUUCUAAUUUCUAUGACGACCAGAUACUCUUGUUUUGGCGAAAGGCAUGCAACUCUGUUGCUUAUUGUGACCUUACUGCCACUUUUCCUCGCCGUUUUUGUUGUUGGGAUUUCACUACUAUUCAGAAAAUCUGCCCUGGUUGCACUAGAGAUUAGUUUUAUUAAGUUACAUUAUCGAAUCUGCCCUGGUUGUACUAGAGAUUAGUUUUAUUAAGUCACGUUGCGUACUUUUCUUUGAGAAAUAAACAGUUUUCUGGGCGGCGACUUUACAGGACUGCUGCUACAGUA